AUGAGCCACCACCCACCCGCGGUUAACAACUUGAAUCUGCGUAACCCUUACGGAUACCAGACCAACGGUCGGAUGGGCUUGGAGCAUCUGCCUUUCUUCCUCGACUAUGAGCACAUGACACCGCUCGAUGAUGCCACCAAACCGACUCUUGGGGGAGCUGUAUUUGGGCAUUACGACGAAGCUCCAAAUGCUGCAAUACCCAUGGCUACCUAUCCGUCUUUUCUGCCACCGCUUGAUCUUAAUGUAGCACAACAACUUCAAUUUUCAAAUGCUCUUCUUGCCGCAUCCUCAUCCAAUACAACAGGUCCCCCUGGCCAUUCACAGUCUCUCAGUCUCUUGCGAGGUGCUGGGCGGCCACAGACUAUACAAACACAUGGGCUGGAAUUAGUUGAUGAACGUUUUCUGGUACCUCGGGAAAGGGGUAUUCCAUUGCCCCAGAACGGCGGCUUCCGCUUACCACAGGGCUCCGGCGGGAUCUCCGGUCUUCACUUGGGUCUUCCUACCGGUCAGGUACCGGAAUUUACCCAGACUGAAUCAGAUAUCAUGAGAUUGCCUUCACAUAAGCAACAGUUACACCAAUCACUGCAACAUCAGCCUUCAAUGGUAAUAAGUCGGAACUUCGGAAAGUCACGUGGAACUCAAGGUCCUUCUACUGUCAAAGGCCAUGGAGAAGGUCCAGGCAUAAACGCCCAUCUCACAGAGCAUAAAGAACAUCGAAUGCGACCAACUGAAUUUGAGAGA